UCAUCUGUCGUCACGCAACCUCCCGUCUCCUGACAGAUCAUCUUCUUCGAGGACAAGAACUUCCAGGGUCGCAGCUAUGAGUGCAGCAAUGACUGCACGGACCUCCACUCCUUCUUUAACCGCUGCAACUCCAUCCGGGUGGAGAGCGGCUGUUUCAUGAUCUACGAACGAGCCAACUUCAUGGGCCACCAGUACUUCAUGAGGAGGGGAGACUAUCCCGACUACCAGAGAUGGAUGGGUUUCAGCAGCUGCAUCCGCUCGUGCAGGAUGAUUCCCGCAUACCGAGGCUCGUACAGAUUGCGCAUCUAUGAGAAGCCUGACUUCAGCGGUCACAUGAUGGAGUUCAUGGAUGACUGUACCUGUGUAUCCGACCGUUUCCACCACCGCCAUAUCUACUCCUGUAACGUCAUGAAUGGCUACUGGAUCUUCUACGAGUACCCCAACUUUCGAGGGCGCCAGUACUUCCUCAGGCCUGGCGAAUACCGGCGGUACCGCGAUUGGUGCGCCACCUGCGCCAUCGUCGGCUCCUUCAGGAGGGUCACAGAAUUUUAGCCAUCAAAUGAAAAGCUUGCUGUAAAUAUCAAACGCUUUGUUUAUUAAAGAUGUCGGAUUUUUAAGUUGGUUUUGUCAUUGCUUUCUCCUUGACAGACAUAUUGUGUAUGUGUGUCUGUGGAGGGGGUGGGAGGUUGUUUACAGUCAAUGGGCAUACAGCCUCACAAUAGAUGAUUUGAUGAUUAUUUAUUUAGCUAUACAUCCUGACUUCCUGUCUUAUAAUAUUGAAGUCUUUUCAGACGUAUUGAAACCUGUCUAAUUACAGACCAUAU